CACCACAUUGUAGAUAGCUUUCUGAAAAAAAAAAAAAAAAGCCCUGCUGUAAAUAUUGGGAGUAGUGAAGGAGAUAUGUAAUUAGAAGUGAAUUUUUUAUCUUGGACCCUACUGAAUUUUUCAGUAUGGCGCGGACGUAAACAUAAGCAUUUCUACCAGUCUUUUUCCUACCACAAUCAAAUUUUAUGCUUUCACGUGCAUUAGCUACGCCAGCCCACAACCAAAUUGUUGCCUUUCAACCUAACCUGUACCUGGACCUCAUGCGGCACUACAGAUCAUCCUGAUUCCACAACUAAUGCUUCAGAGAGAGAGAGAGAGAGAGAGAGAGACAAAGGAUCUGGCUUCUGCAGAGUUCAGGGCAAGUUAACUUAUAUGGUUUGAAAAAAUGGAUCAUGGGAAAACAACAGAAGAAAUAGAUUCAUCAGUGGCUGAAUUAGUCAACUUGAUGAAUGAUACUUUCACAUGCUGCAUGAGGAACUAUCAAGCCUUACUGCCAUACCUUGAGAAAAAGAAUACAAGACCCAAAAUAUAUCAAAAAUUAGUGCAUGUUAAUAUAAUGCUGAACAAGUUGAAUGAAGAACUUGUUGGACUUAGAGUUGAAUAUGUAACUGUGUCGUCACAUGAACUAGGAAGUGAGGCCGUUGUGUCUGAAAGAGGUAGGAAAAGAAAAACAUCUGAUGAGUCCAUGGUAGGCAGACCUGAGACCAAAAGUAUAAAAACAGAAGUACCAUUAUCCAGUAGCACUAAGUAUUCCUCAGAGAAUUUUGUAUCAAAAGAAACUGAAGAAACAAGACAUACCCAGGUGCAGAAGACUGACACACACAGGAUGGAAAGUAUAAAAACAGAAGUACAAGAUUGCAGUGAAGUUGAAGAUUUACCUGUUUUCCCCAUUAGUAAUAGUGAGAAUCCUACAUCUCAGGCAUCACUUGAUACUAGAGAUAAUAGAGUGACUGUUUGUUUUGAUGGUGAUGAGGAAAGUGCAUCUGUGGCAGAUAGGUUUGUGAGGAUUAAUACAUAUUUUAAACCCAUUGAUACAAUUACUCAGACAAAAAAUAACGAAAUGUGUCUUCCAUUGCAAAAUUCCAAAAGUGAGACUAGAGAUCAAGAGAAAUAUGAAGACAUUGGCAAACUUCUUAGUAAAGAUCAUGAUACUCACAGAGGACUGGAAAGAGAAGUUGGCUGUGCCACUUCUUUCUCUUACCAGGCAGAAAGACCUUUCAACAAUAAAGAACCACCUGUUCCUUUCACUGCUUGUGAUAAGGAAUCUGAUAUGUUGAUGGAAAGGAGAGCAAACAGUUGUAAUGAGGUAGAGAAAAGAGCUCAUUCUCCUAUAAGAUAUGAAAAAGAUUGUGUACCUGUUCAGAGGUCAGUGGAACUGUUUAGUCCAGGACAUGAACUUUAUGGUGUGAUAAGGUACGAGAAUCGGAAAUUGAAAUGCGUGUUGUGUGAUCGUGAACUUGCCAAUUACAAGGUAGUGUAUGAGCAUGUGAAUGGGAAAAGGCAUCAACGGAAACAAGCUCCCAAGAAAAACAGCUGUGCUAAAAAGCCUGAUGUUUCAAAUAAUAGCUCUGUAAGUACAACACCUGCUUCUGUGUGUGCUACUGUUCCCUGCUCACUUGCUGAUAGUGUUGCUAUUGUGGACAAAAGUUAUCAGUUAGAAGUAAUGGAACACACAGUCAGAUUAAACGAUAUGUGGAAAUAUUUUUCUGCACCACUUCAAAUCAAUAGAAAAUAUUUCUUGAUUAAUUCCGGUGAAGUGAUCUGCUCUCUGUGUAAUCAACGUGUAGAAGAACGUGUACGCAGUGUAAAGAUACAUAUUAUAAAAUGUAGUCAUUUGAAACGGAUAAAAAGAUUAAGAAGCUUAGAAACUGCUUGGAAGUCCUCGAAUCAACAAAUGUUGAAAGUAGCGGGCAUUCUAGAUGGCUGUAUUCCUAAGACUCAGUUUACUUUGCAAAAUGAUGGGAUUUUUUGUAGAGUGUGUCAAUGUUUUUGUGAAAAUCAUACUGUAUUAAAUCAUUUGACGAGUCAAAUGCACUACAGAAAGUCACACAAAAUGGAAUAAAUAUAAUAUAAGAAAACAGAAACAGUAAAUGGCAAGAA